AUGUCCAAGGCCACCUUCGCGGCCAUCGCCGCCGCCAGUGCCGCCACGGGCGCCGGUCUGACGGCUCUCUUCUACUCUCCUCGACCCCAACCACAACAGCAGCAACCACUCCCCCAACAACAACUUCCUCCUCACCCUCCGACCACCACCACCUCCAAACUCCCCGCCCCUCAACCCGCCGCUCCCUCUCUCGCCCCCAAACCCACCCCAACCAGCGGCUCCCCCGUCGACCCAGCCGGCAUCUACCAAUAUGGCUUUCCCGGUCCGGUAGCCGACACUCUCCUCUCGGCGCCCCUAGCCGGCGCCUACGACCGUCGCACACGCAACCCAUCCUGGGUGGCCGAACACAUCACCCCGCAGUCCCUGGCACAAAAGAACGCGGACCGCAAGGGCAGCACAUUCUUCGAAGACACGACGAUCCCGCCGCUAUUCCGCGCCAAACUGUCCGACUACUUCCGCUCCGGCUACGACCGCGGCCACCAGGUGCCCGCCGCGGACGCCAAAUGGUCGCAGGACGCCAUGGACGCGACCUUCGCGCUGUCGAACAUGUGUCCGCAGGUCGGCGAGGGAUUCAACCGCGACUACUGGGCCCACUUUGAGGAGUUCUGCCGUGACUUGACGAAGAAGUACCCCUCUGUGCGCGUGGUAACUGGUCCUCUUUACUUGCCUCACCGCGAUCAGGAUGGAAAGUGGCGUGUCUCGUAUGAGGUUAUUGGAAACCCGCCGAAUGUUGCUGUCCCGACCCACUUCUAUAAGGUCGUGUAUGCGGAGGAGGGUCCCGCGACGGCGGGUAAGGUUGCGCUGGGUGCGUUUGUGCUCCCUAAUGCUAGGAUCUCGAAUGAUAAGCGCUUGACGGAGUUUGAGGUGCCGCUUGAGGCGGUCGAGCGGGCUAGUGGUCUGGAGUUUGCGGCCAAGUUGGAUGCUGGACGCAGGAAGAGGCUGUGUCAGGAGGUGAAGUGUGAUGUUGUUGUGAGGGAGUUCAACAAUGCCAGCAAGAAGAAAUAG